AUGUCAGGAGUUUCAAAAAAUCCAGAUCCUAUACACCAAAAUAAUUUCAAGCAUUUAGCAGGUCUUAAUAAGCUUACUUACAAUAGAGUUAAAGAAUUGAAAAUCCGGUUUUCAAAUGGCCCUAAUAAGCACCUUUCUCGUGGUCAGUAUCGUUUACGUCCAGAUUGCAUACCGCCAUUCGACGAGUGGGCUUCAUUUACAGAACAUCCCCCAUCCCCACAACCAUAUUGGCCUAAUCAACAGCAACAUCAGCGAGGGAAUUCACAGCAGUCGAUAAAUCACCAACAAGGGACCAACCAACAGGCUGGACAUCAUCAGCGAGGACCGGUAUUUAAUUCUCAGCAAAAAUCCCUUCAGCAAUCACAGCAAAAAAGUACGCAACAACAGCCUGUCCCUAAUCCUAACAAUGCCACAACAAAUGGCCAAACUUCCGCGCCAGAGAAGAAAGUCGACUUAUCUCUUGCUAACAUGCUUUUAAGCCUUGGAAUUAAUAAUAAGAAGUUUUUACACGAUAAAGAACUAAAGGCGCUUGAAGAGCAAGGUCGUCUAUCAAAAGGGGAAGAGCAAGGUCGGCCACCAAAGAAAAAUGGGGACACGAACUCUACUGCGGCAAGGAGGACUCAUCCGCCAUCGAGUCAACGACAACGAAGACACGAAGAAGUUCAAAAGGCUCCUCAAGUAACAACUACAGGCGUUGCUACAAAAACAACAGGAAAACAACCUGCAACAAAAAAACUUACUCCGGAGGGCGUCGUACUCCCUUCUUCAGUUUCGGGUUGCGCUUUAUCAUUGACUAAAUGUCAAAAUUUGCUCGAAACGUACGAAAACAUCAGAAAAGGAAGAAAAAAGCUCACCCUCCCCAAGGAGGAUGAUGUUAAAAAGCUCACCCAUAAGAGGAAUAAAGACAAAGAAGUCGCUAUGAAACGUCCACAAAAGCGCCCUGCUCUUAAGGGAAGAGGUAAAGAUAAAGUCGCGGAUUUGGACGAGAAUGUCGAGACGAGUAGUGUAAAGGAGCCAGCACGACCAGAGCAAUUCAUUGUUACUUUGAAACGCGGUUCAAAACGUAGCCGUGAUGAUGAUGACGCCGCGUCUUCAAAACCAAUGACGCCAAAGAAAAGGAAGAUAGAGGUGCAAACAGAUAAUGGUUUUUCUUCUAUAAAUGCUUCCUCAUCCAACACGAUCUCGACCUCGGCAGAUAAUGAUAAAAUAAUGAGAAUGGCUAGCGAAGCUCACAAACGUUACGAAGAUCUAUUUAAAAAAGCAACGAACGUAAAACGUCGUGGAGAUCAGAAUCAUUCAAACUUUGUGAGCGACUAUGCUGAUGCAGCGUGUUAUUACGCCGAAGCAUUCUACGAACAAUUAAUCGCUGCAUCGCUAGGACAUGAUGAGAAUGUUGUAAAUCCGGCCGCGUUUAUGAACCAUGUCAUUAAUAAAUUCGAUAAGGACAAGAAGAUCCAAGCAGCUUUCUGUGGAUUAAAGGCCCUGAUAAUAAGAAGAUUUUUUAUUUUUGAGGAUAAAAGGGUUCGUCCCUUGUUAAAAGAUACCAUUUUACGUUAUAAUGAACUAAUCGAGACGACCGGAAGAUUAUCAGAGCAAACUUUGACAUAUAAACGCGACCAUUAUAACAAAACUCUUAGUGAAUCGAAUAAAGUAGAAGAAAUGAUAAGUGAAUUCACAAAGUAUUGGGAUAGAGCAACAAAAACGUAUAAGCAACUUGGAUUUGGUUUAGAUUCCGAUAUUAAAGUUGCUGUUGACUACGUUAGAAGUUUGUUAAAAGAAUGGAGCAAAGAUAACGACUCUAAAAGCAGAGAGGCAAAGAAAAGCACAUCACAAACAAAAUCAAGAUCAACUAGAUAUUAA